AUGACUUUUAUGAUAGUUUCGGUGGAAGUGAAAAUGAUAGAAUGUUUCAAGUUAAAAAUUCGUAAAGAAAGGUCAAACGUUGAUUUGACGAAUAAGAAAAGAAUGGAAAGUGUUCAAGAAGAGAAAGGAGCCGAAAAAAAUGCUACUUUUAACUUACAACAAGUGCAAAUACGUCCGACCAAUCCAUCACAUACGUCUAAUUUGUUUGCGAAUAUGAAAACUGUUAACGAUGCGUCUUCGCAAAAGAAAAGCGAAGAGAUCCCUCAUCAAAAAACACCAAACGUGCAAAACAAAAGUAUGCUACGAGCGUUAACUUCACCUGAUGCUCGAUCUCUUGAAGCUACAAACACAACAUUUUGUAAAAUAGCUGCAAAAUCUAAAUCAGAGAGUUACAUAUCCAGACCUGAUAUGGUUACAGUUACAAUUAAAUCAACUGUAUCAUCAUUUAAACCACUGAAGUUAGUGAUGAAGAAAACAACAAGUAUACGCAUGCUGAAGAAUUAUUUGCAAUCACGAUUUGGUGGUGCUCAUCAAAUUAUUCUCAUUCAUAAUAAUAAGGAAUUGAAGAAUGACGGCGGUUCUUUGACAUCAAUUGGUAUCACUUCGGGUAGUGUAUUGUGGUUGUUAGUAAAACCAAUUGCUGGUAAUAAUGAUCGUGAAGAGAUUGCAUCUUUGAUUCGAAUGUCUAGCGAAUAUGCUGAAGUUGUAUCCAGCGAAUGCAAACAAGCGGAACAUGAACAUAUGCGAGAAAAAAUGAAAUUAUUGAUAAAGCAAAGAGAAAAGGUUCGACGAAUUAACACAGAAAACAUGCAGCGAAAAAUUCGAAAAAAGCUUGGAAAAGAAAUGACAACCGAUUUAACAUCGCAGUCAUCAUCAUCAUUCAAUAAUUCAUGCGCGUUUUCCAUUGCUUCGUCACCAUCCAUUUCAACUCCAAAAGGUACAGCUGAUAUUAUAAAACAAAAGGAAUUAGCGACAUAUUUCGAUCCUCCGGAAACAAUCAAACAGAGGAAAUUUGAACAGGAGGAAUUGUUUGAUGUUCCAUCAAAUAAGAGCGAAUUGCUCAAAAUAAAAAAUGAGAUAAUUAAAAAACGAUGUGGUCUUUGCCGAAUGAAAUUGCAGAUAAUUGAUAGAGAAAUACAAUGCAUAUGUGGGCAUGUAUUUUGCGGUAAACAUCGUAAUCCACAGAUACACAGAUGCAGUAUUGAUCUAAAAUCAAUCGAUCGAGUACAUGUCAGAACAGCGUUACCAAAAUUAGUACGAGAUAUCCCAAAAUCGAAAAUAUAG